CUACCGCUCUCCCGACGAGAGAGCGCGAGUUCCUGGCGGUGCGCGCUCCCCGUCCGGGCGCCCUGCCCCCUGGGGGCCCCGGUCCCCAAGGUGGUCGCGGCGGCGGCAUCUUCAGGCCAGGCCGCGGGGGGAGGGGGCGGACUGGAGGCAGUGGCGGGGUCAGCACCGGCCACCGCAAGCGGGGCCAUGGAGCCCAGGGAGUCGGGGAAGCUAGGACAAUGGAGCCGCAUCUGGCAUUUCCUAAGUUCUCAGUAUUUUUGGAAUGAAUGACUCAUAAAAUAGCAUCAUUCCAGGAGCCCUUCUGCUACAGGGUGUGAAUGCUCUGAAGAACACUGCAGUCUGACACCUCCUGUGCCCUCUGGGAGACAUUUGAUUUUUGGUGCUGCCAAAUAGGAGUAUUUAUUGUGCUCCUGUGACGUUUGAUGACAUCACCGUAUACUUGCUUCAGGAAGAAUGGAUGCUGCUGAGUCAGCAACAGAGGGAGAUCUGUGGUUCUGACAAGCUGGUGGCACCACUAGGACCGACUAUUGCCAACCCAGAGCUGUUCUAUAAGUUUGAGCAAGGGCCAGAGCCAUGGCUAGGAAAUGUCCAGAGCCAGAGGAAUGUUCUGAGCCACCACCCAGGGAAAAACAAGAUGGGCUGCAUGGAAGAAAGGGACUCGCGAAGUCCUGCCAGAGAAGCCGGACUAGAUCUGCCCCCACAGAAGAAAGCCUGUCUUUCCCACUUCAGCACAGAGCAUGGCAACAUUGAGGUAGACUGUACAGGGAAAAGCAAAAAACCCUUGAAGCCCCGCUCUAUCCAGAAGUCUUGGUUUGCGCAGUUCCCAUGGCUGGUCAUGAAUGAGGAGCAGACGGCUCUCUUUUGCUCUGCUUGCCGCGAAUACCCAUCUGUCAGGGACAAACGGUCAAGAUUAAUAGAAGGUUAUACAGGACCAUUCAAGGUGGAGACUCUCAAAUACCACGCCAAGAGCAAAGCUCACCUGUUCUGCGUCAAUGCCUUGGCAGCACGGGACCCCAUCUGGGCGGACCGUUUCCAAAGCGUCCGAGAGGAAUCUGGAGAUGUCCUGGCCAGCCCUGAGCACCUCUUUACGGCAGACUAUCCCAUAUUGUACCCCCCGGGGCCUCUGGGAGCCUAUGAUAACAUGGCCCAGCUCCUGCCCAGCCCAAGAGCUGACCUGGAGGACCCUGGGGGGAAUGGAGCAUUUCCUACAUUGUAUCUAGACUGCAUUUCUGAGUUGAGGGAAAAAGAAACUGCUGAUGAUACCCACAGGUCAUCAGAUGUCAACAUUUUGGGUGAUGCUGCUGAACCCGGCGGUCAGGAUCCUUCUGAAGAGGGGCUGUUUGAGGAGGUUCCUGUGGUGUUUGAGGAGCUCCCGGUGGUGUUUGAGGAUGUGGCGGUGUAUUUCACCCGGGAGGAGUGGGGCAUGCUAGUCAAGCGGCAGAAGGAGCUGUACAGAGACGUGAUGCGGAUGAAUUAUGAGCUGUUGGCUUCCCUGGGGCCUGCUGCUGCCAAACCAGACUUGAUCUCAAAACUGGAACGUCGAGCUGCACCCUGGAUCAAGGACCCAAACGGGCCAAAGUGGGGGAAAGGUCGUCCUCCAGGGAAGAAGAAGAUGGUGGCCAUAAGAGAGGCAGACACACAAGCCUUGGCUGUAGAAUCUGCAGUGCCUCCAGCAACUUCUCUGGAGACCUGUAGCUCCUACUGCAAUUCCAGCCUUUGGGAAGUCGAAAUAGAUGGCCCUAGGAAAAUCAAGAGGACUUACAGACCCCGUUCCAUUCAGAGGUCAUGGUUUGGGCAGUUCCCAUGGUUAGUAGUUGACCCAAAGGAGACCAAGCUCUUCUGCUCAGCUUGCAAAGAAAGACCGAAUCUCCACGACAAAUCGUCCCGGUUAGUCCGAGGUUACACAGGACCUUUUAAAGUGGAGACUUUAAAAUACCAUGAGGUUAGCAAAGCACACAAGCUCUGUGUCAACACUGUUGAAAUCAAGGAAGAUGCCCCUCCGGCUGCCCUGGUCCCAGAGAUCUCCAGCGACCUGAUGGCGAACAUGGAACACUUCUUCAACGCCGCCUACUCCAUUGCGUACCACUCGAGGCCUCUGAAUGACUUUGAGAAGAUCUUGCAACUCCUCCAAAGCACCGGGACCAUGAUUUUGGGCAAGUACCGAAAUCGCACCGCAUGCACUCAGUUCAUCAAGUACAUCUCUGAGACCCUGAAGAAGGAGAUCCUCGAGGAUGUCCGGAACUCCCCUUGCGUGAGCGUGUUGCUGGACAGCUCCACAGACGCCUCGGACCAGUCCUGUGUGGGGAUUUACCUCCGCUACUUUAAGGGGAUAGAUGUGAAAGAGUCCUACAUCACCUUGGCCCCUCUCUACAGUGAGACGGUGGAUGGCUACUUUGAGACUAUCAUCUCUGCCCUGGAUGAACUGGACAUCCCCUUCCGGAAGCCCGGUUGGGUGGUGGGCCUGGGAACCGAUGGCUCCACCACGCUGAGCUGCAGAGGAGGCCUCGUGGAAAAGUUCCAAGAGGUCAUCCCCCAGCUGCUGCCCGUCCACUGUGUUGCUCACCGGCUGCACCUAGCUGUGGUAGACGCAUGUGGGGGCAUCGAUCUGGUGAAGAAGUGUGACCGGCACAUUCGAACGGUCUUCAAGUUCUAUCAGUCCUCAAACAAAAGGCUGAAUGAGCUGCAGGAAGGCGCAGCUCCCCUGGAGCAGGAGAUCAUCCGCCUCAAGGACCUGAAUGCCAUCAGGUGGGUGGCCAGCAAGAGGCGCACACUGAAUGCGCUCAUCGUGAGCUGGCCUGCCCUGGCCCGGCACCUCCAGGGCGUGGCGGAGGCUGGGGGCCAGACUGGGCACAGGGCCAAAGGCAUGCUGAAGCUGAUGAAGAGCUUCCAUUUCGUCAAGUUCUGCCACUUCCUUUUGGACUUCCUGAGCAUCUACAGGCCUCUGUCCGAGGUGUGCCAGAAGGAGAUCGUGCUGAUUACAGAGGUGAACUCCACGCUGGGACGGGCCUACGUAGCCCUGGAGACCCUCCGUCACCAGGCGGGGCCCAAAGAGGAAGAGUUCAAUGCCGGCUUCCGGGAUGGGCGGCUCCACGGCAUCUUCCUGGACAGAAUGGAGAUGGCGGAACAGCGCUUCCAGGUGGACCGGGAAAGGAUGAUCCUGACUGGGAUCGAGUACCUCCAGCAGAGGUUUGACAUGGCCCGGCCCCCACAGCUCAAGAACAUGGAGGUGUUUGACACCACGGCCUGGCCAAGUGGGAUGGAACUGGCCAGUUUUGGGAAUGAGGAUAUUCUUGCCCUGGCCAGAUACUUUGAGCUCUCCCUCCCUGCAGGAUACAGCGAGGAGGCGCUCCUGGAGGAGUGGCUGGGCCUGAAAGCCAUGGGCAGGAACCUCCCGUUCUCCAUGCUGUGUAAGAACACCCUGGCCCAGCACUACCGCUUCCCGCUGCUGAGCAGGCUCGUGGCGGUAGUGGUGUGCGUGCCCGUCUCCGCCUCCUGCUGUGAGCGGGGCUUCAGUGCCAUGAACCGGAUCAGGACUGAUGAGAGGACCAAACUCUCCAACGAGGUGAUCAACAUGCUCAUGAUGACAGCGGUGAACGGGGUGGCAGUCACGGAGUACGACCCCCAGCCUGCCAUCCAGCACUGGUACCUGACCUCCUCGGGCCGGCGGUUCAGCCACGUCUACGCGUGUGCCCAAGGGCCGCCCCGUGCCCAGGCACGAGCAGGGCUCAGGAAGGAGAAGAUGGGGGCGCUCUGUAUGGAGGAGGCUGUGACCCGAAAGCCACCCAUUCCAUCCUACAGGGAGCCAGUGGAGGUCCUGAAGGACUGCAUCAUGGACCCUCCCGACAGACUCCUGUACCCCCAUGCCAGCCAAGAGGCCCCUGAGCUGUCCUGACAGAGAGCUCCCGUAGGAGCAGGAUUCCUAGGGAUCACCUUGGAGACCCGCUGCUGCCCUGCCCCUUGGAAUCAUGGUGACAGGCUCUCUGCAGAACCUAGGCUACCCUAGAAUCUUCGUUUGGGGGGACUCUAAACACCAGAAGGGGGCAGUGACAAGAUAGUUAAGCCCACCUCCCGGAGAGGCAGGGUAAUCAGGAGCACAAGCCUGUUCACCAAGGCCCCUCUCUAAGUAGCGGUGACCUCACAGCACUGAAAUGGGCCGAAAGGUUCCGAUGUCAAAUUCAUCUUUAAGGUGCUUCAGGAAAUGAUCCUAUCAGGAAAGAUUUCACCCCAUGUUCUGGGAGCAAGAGGACUUCUCUGAAGUGGGAGAGACUGUUGGGGGGAGGGGCUUAAGGGGGCAUCCCAGCCCCCGCGGAUGGUUGGGGAGCUGCAGUGGCAUAGAGGAGGCACCUGGGGAGGGGCGGAGGGUGACCAGGCUCUGGGGACAACUGGCCUGGCUCUGGGAUCGGUCGUCCUGGCUCCAUGGCAGAUGCAGGGAAGCCUCCCCUCCAAACGGGAGACUCACAGCAGAGAAUUUCUCUACCUCCUCCCAGGGCCUCCCUUAGGAUGAGGCAAGCAAAACCCUCUGCACAAAGCACUCAAGAGGUCCUCCUCCUACAGCCCCAGGACCAUGGAGGAAAGGCUUUACGGGAGGGAGCCUGCUGCCUCUCACCGGUGGCAGCCCUUCUGUGUGACCUGCACCAGUGUUGGACGUGAGCCUGGCUUCCUGAGGAGCGGACACGUCCGAGCUGGCCCCGGGGAGGCUUGUGAUCCGGCCCCAGCUCUGCUGCAGGCAGAGGUUCAACCAUCAUUAAUCCCUUCCUCUUCUCGGGGCCUCGAUUUCCCGCCCCAUGACGUGGCAGCAGAGAAUUCAAGUGCCUGCUGGCUCCUGGUCUGCCCCAGGACGGACAGCGUCCCCAGCUCCCUGAAAGACAGACCUCGGGCGGCACAGAGUGGGCUCAGCUGCCUUCAGCCCUUGUCCUUGUCUCUUGCUACCAACGUCCUUACUAUGGGAAGAGGUGCUCCCAAAGUGCCGCUCUUCUCGAUUUUGCUCUGGGACCCAGCCUGGGAAUCACUAGGGGUGCUUGUUAAAUAUGCUCCCCCCAUACGUGCCGAUCAGAUCCGCGGGACCAGGGCUUAAGGAUGGGCCAUUGUCCGCAGGAUCCUCCAGGAGCCUUGUGGGCCCACUCAAACUUUAGGACCCCCACCCCAUCUCUCCGGCCUUCCGGAAGUAAAGCACUUUCCCCUCCAGGGCAGUUUCAUUUUGGCAGGUUCCUAGGCUGCUUAUCUGGUGGGGAUGAUGUGGGGCCUAGGUCCUGCCUUCCUAACCACGGAUUGUUUGCCCCCCUGCCUUUCGAGUUUUAGACAGGCAGGAAAUGGUGCGUCCCGGCCUCGCAUCUGGGGUCCCUGCCCUGUGCUGUAAGUACAAGUUGUCUGGCCCUUAACCAGCAGUCUGUUCUCCUCCCAGUCCUAGGGUGGUGCUGGGAUCCACUGUCCCCCUGGUUCCUGAGGUUUCUGACUCUCCCUUCCCACCACCCACCCUUAGCACUUAGCCUUAACGCCAUCGCCUUCCUGUUUUCUUUAGCUGUGGGCCAGGAAUUCGCUCUCACUCUCUGCCUUGUAUUUAGCCUGUGGAAAUGUCUCUCUCCCAGCCCCAUGGUCUAGGGUCUGAGGUAUACCGUGGGCCCUUGCAGCUACAGCUCUGGCCAUACCGUGGAGAUGGGAGCCCGGGCCUCCCUCCCCCAUUCAUAGAAGAUUCUGUGGGAGUUCAGGAGUCUGCCUGAAGCUAGGUGUUGUGGGUGUGAAUUGGUGGGAUGGAAGAGAGUAAGACCCUUCGAAGUGGGGGCUGUCAGCCCCACCCUAUUCCUAGAUUCCAAAUUGAGGUGACUUUCUGGCAAGCCUCCUCCCCAUGGCCCCUCCCAUUCUUUAAGAAUCCUCAGAGCAUGAGGCCAGUCCCUUAAGCAGUGUUGUGUGUGAGUUCCACACACACAAUUCCCUGUGUUGCUCUCGGCAUGGAGGUGGAGGCCAGGUAGGGAAGCACCCGGCCGCCACAUCCAUGUACUGAGGAAGCCUCCAUUGCCAGCUUUUGGGAAGGUUGGGCCCCUUGGAGGGGGUGACCGAAAAUGCUGUUUAUCGUAGAGGUUUGCACUAUCCACAUUUCUCAUGGGGGCGCAGGCAUGCUAGCUAAUGGCAAAGACAACUACCCACCUUUCUGUGCAGGACCCAGGGCUGACACGUGGUGAGCACCCUUACCGGAGACUGUUACCCAACCCGAGCUCUUUGUUUUGUUUCAAGACACUCGCUGCGCUUCAAAUCCAGGGCCUGGAGAUACCCGUGUUGGAGAGCCGUCCUAUUUUUGCCUCACAAGGAAGAAAGCUGAAGGGCACGGGGAAUAGAAGGAGCAAGCCUUUGGCCAGAGUCCUAGCUACGCCUCCGCUCCCCUUUCCUUCCUGUAAUCUUCGUAGCAUCUCCACGUUCUGAUCCUGGCACUCCGCCCAUCUCUACCCACACCCCAUAACUGCUGCCCACAGGGUCUGACGUUCUGAGUUUUAACCGGCAUUAUAACCGAUGGUUUGAUUCCAGUAGCCAUAGAGACCAGGCGGGAGGGAGCGACCUCACCCCCCUGUCCUCGCCAGACAUCUUCGACAGUAUAACCUACUCUAGACCUUUGCUUCUCUCCCAAGGCCACGUGGAGUUCCUAGGGUGCUAAGUAUUUGGCAAGACGGUGUGAAGAUUGGCCAAUUGCCGCGUGCAGGUGUCUGUCAGCCAAGGUUACUCAGGGUGAUUGGCAAGGGGAUGUCCUCUCCUCUUCUGGUUUCAAAGAGGUGCAAAUGAGGUUUAAAAAACCAUGUUUGAUUCUCAACCUUUUGCUACCUGAAUAAAGCAGAGUUUAUUU